AUGACAAGCCUUACGAAAACCUUGCUAAUCAAGCUUAUCAGAUACUACGGUAACCAAGAUAGAAAAGCCUGGGAAACACAGCUCGAUAUCACUGAACUGGAAUACGCUCCGCGGCCCACCCAAUUCCGUGAGGUCGACCCCUAUUCCAACAAUCGCCAGUUCGAGCAGAUCGAUACCACCGGAGCCCCCAGUCACGUUAGCGAAGUCGAUUACGCAUCCCGAGGCAGCGAACGAGUUUACAGCGAAACCAACGUAGACCGACGCACAGUCAUCGAAGAAUCACCUCGCAAAAUGGGUUAUUACGACGACGAAGGUCAUUACCACUCUUUCCGCCGUGGCGUUGAGCGUGCUGCCGACCGUAUCCUCCACCCUCACCACCACCAUGACAGGAAGGAGGAGGUCGUCAUCACUGAUGACCGCGGCCCUACCCGGGUCCGUGAUGGCGUCCGAGAGUCUGUCAGAGUCGUUCAGCCCCGUGGUGGACACCCCCCUGAGACAAUCACUAUCCCAUGCCAUUUCAUCCGUGUUGGUGAUCUCUUGAUCCUGCAGGGUCGGCCAUGCCAGGUCAUCCGCAUCUCCGUCUCUCCCCAGACUGGCCAACACCGCUACCUCGGUGUAGACCUUUUCACCCGCCAACUGCACGAGGAGUCUAGCUUCAUCUCGCAUCCUUCUUCCAGCGUUGUUGUCCAGAGCAUGCUCGGUCCCGUCUACAAGACCUACCGCAUUCUGGAUAUUCGUGAGGAUGGCCGAAUCGUCGCCAUGACUGAGACCGGUGAUGUCAAGCAAGGCCUCCCCGUUGUUGACCAGGGUAACCUGUUUAACCGUAUCAGUGAUGCCUUCAGUGACGGUCGCGGAAGCAUUCGUGCUCUCGUCAUCAAUGAUGGUGGCCGCGAGUUGGUAGUUGAUUAUAAGGUCAUCCACGGUUCCCGCUUGUAA